CUUCCGGAAGUGCGUGGCUCAGAGUCAAUAUGGCGCAGAGCGUACUGAAUAGACUGCUGAUGUUCUUUGCUUCAGCGUGUUCUUUCAGUUCGUUCUUGCUUUCAGUUUUCGUCGCCCUUUCCGCAUUCGAUGAAGGAAACAGUGAUAAUGUAUUUAGUGCAAGCCAGACGGUUACUGCACCCGUUGCUGCCGCCAGGGAUUUGCGGUACCUUUUGUAUGAUGUAAACCCUCCAGAGGGUUUCAAUCUGCGCAGAGAUGUCUAUAUUCGCAUGGCUUCUCUGGUCAAGACAUUGAGGAAAGAAGGAGAUGACUGGGUGUUGGUGCUUCCCCCAUGGGGUCGCCUUUACCACUGGCAGAGCCCUAACCUCCAUCAAAUCCGCAUUCCAUGGGGGGAGUUCUUCAGCCUUACUAGCCUUCAGGCCAACGUACCUGUCAUUGAGUAUGAAGAAUUCAUUGCUGAAAAUGGAGGCCCGUUUAUAGACCAUGUUCUGGUACUGCAAAACUAUGCGGAAGGAUGGACUGACGGAAAAUGGGAGGAAAAGGUUGACGAGCGGCCAUGCAUCGAGAAGUUGAUGUACUCCAAAGAUAAACAUGGCUACUACAGGGGCUGGUUUUGGGGAUACGAGGAGACGAGAGCUCGAAAUGUAACGUGUUUAUCAGCACAAGGCCAUGCAUCUGUCAUAGCACCGGUUCUUCAGAAAAACAUUACAGCAACAUCUGUUAUGCUCGACCGAGCAGAGACACUCCUUCAUGAUCACUAUGCUGGGAAGGACUACUGGAAUACACGACGCAGCAUGGUUUUUGCAAAGCACCUGCGUCUCAUAGGGGAUGACUUCAGAUCAAGUUAUCUGAACUCUACAGAUGAAACAGACCAUACGCCAUACAGCGAGGACUGGACUCGUAUGAAGGCCAAGCCUGGCUCAGCUAAAGGUGGUCCAUAUCUGGGCGUCCACCUGCGCCGGAAAGACUUUAUCUGGGGUCACAGAGAGGAUGUGCCGAGCCUUAAGGGAGCUGUCAAAAAAAUACGCAGCUUGAUGAAAAAACAUAAACUUGAUAAAGUUUUUGUUGCGACAGAUGCAGACGAUGAAGAAAUAAAGGAGCUGAAAAAGUUGUUGCCAGACAUGGUGCAGUUUGAGCCAUCCACAGAGGACCUCGAACUCUUUAAAGAUGGAGGAGUUGCCAUAAUUGACCAGUGGAUAUGUGCCCAUGCAAGAUUUUUUAUAGGAACAUCAGUUUCCACUUUCUCUUUCCGGAUCCACGAAGAGAGGGAAAUUCUGGGCUUUGACCCCAAAACUACAUACAACCGUUUCUGUGGGGACACUGAGAAAGAAUGUGAACAGCCCACGCACUGGAAAAUUGUUUACUGAUGUGACGGUUAAGAGUUUGGUUAUACAAAGGCCAAAUGCAGUGUUUGGAAUCUUCAGGAUAUUUUAACAAUUUUGUUGUUCAUUUUUAUUUACUUUUCAUGGUUUCAGUGUUGUGCUCCCAGGUCUGAAAAGACCGCUCUUUUGGACUUUAUGCUAAAUAGGCAAAGAGAGGACUGCCAAACAUGUACAGUAUUAAUUAAAUUUUCAAAAAAUAAAGCUGCUUACAUUUUAGUUUUUUAGAUUGUAUACAUACUGUUUUUGUUUUGUUUAUUAACUGUAUUUUUCAUUUUUAUUUGUAUUCAUGGCAAUGGUGAACAGAUUGUCUUGUAAUGGAACAAAAAGUAUUAGAUGGUGUAUUCUCAUUUUAAAUCCAGUGGGGUUUUUGAGGGGAGUUUUUUUUUACAAAUUGGUAAUCAAAGGUUAUACUGUGAAUUAGAUUAAGAAAAUUUGCUUUUGUGAAGUGUCUUACCAAGAAGCACAAUCAAUUAUGAUUUUAGAAACACAAAUAUGUUUCACUUUUUUUAUACAGUAUCUUCCCUUUCAUAAUAUUGCCAGUGUUGGAAAUUAGAAAACAGAAAUCAGGCAUUUUACUUUGUGAAUACCACCAUGAUGAAGACAAUGCCUAAUUUUUCCAGCCUGAUUUUUAAACCGCAAACUGUUUCCAAGCAUACACAUUGCAAUCCUCAUUUAAAGUACUACAGGGAGCAGUAUUGACAUAACACAAAGAAGUCACACGUAACUUCCCAUCAAAUUGGUACUGUACAAAAGACUUGCAUGUUUUUUUCAAGGAACUUUUACCCAUUACCUUCCACCCUGCUAGAAACCUACUAAAACUAAAAUAAAAUAUUUUGUUAUUUCAGAAUCUGAUUAAUACCACCACAUAAUUCCAAUUCUUUUCAACUAUAAUUAAGUUUCCCCAGUACAUAUGUAAGUGGAGAUGUUUAAUAAAGCCAGUUUAGGGAAUUACCUAGAAAUUGAUUAUUUUCUGUAAUUGUUCUGUUGUUUCAAAGAAACAAAAAGUGUUACCACUCCUUACUUUUUGAGAAAAUGGAAAAAAAAGAUGUAUUGUCUUUUUGAAAUAUGUGUAAACAUAUAGUUUAUAAAGCAAAAAAACAAAACAAAAAAAAACCCUUAUUAUACCAUUCUGUUGAGAUUGAAAGUCAAGACUCUUAAGGUCGUACUUCUCUAGUACUUCUUAGUGUUAAGUGACUUAACAAACAAAAGACAUUCCUCUGAAAACAGUCAGGUACAAAAACUGAAAAAAAGAGACAAAGCAGCCAAUAUCCAAAGAAAACCUUUGAAAGAUCUUUAGAAUGACUGAAGAACUAUUGUUCAAGACUUUAUUACAAUAAAGUCUGUGUCCUUGAAGGAAAAAUAUAAAAUGAAGUCUUGCUCAUGACUUUCGCACAACACUGUAGUGAAAACUAACUUUAUGUAGAGCAAAGUCAAAAAGAAGAAUGUAUUAUACAUCACUGGAUUCCAGUAGCUAGUCGAAUGAGCUUCCUGUGGUAAGACAGUACACUACAUAAAAACAGCUGACAUUUUUUUCCCAGCACACUGCAAGAUCAAAAACCAGUAUUGCUACCUUUAUGAUAACAAUACAAGUGUCAUAGGUCAUCAUGGCCUUGUUGGGCAUAGGUGAAAUGGCCCAACCCUAUUCCUGCUGUCCAUUGUUUCGCAGUUGUUGUUUUUAUCAAACAGUCUGACUGUGGAAAGAUUUAGUAUGUAAUACUCAGCCUGUAUAACAAAUGUUAGUACCAUAAAAGAAAGACUGGGUGACAGUAAA